AUGGCUGAAAAAACACCCCAAACUGAUGAGAACAAUGGUGAAACCAUGUUCAAACCAAUUAAUACACUACGUCGUGAACCGACGAGGUCGGAGAUGCAAGAUCUUGAAAUCAUCGCUUCAGCAGGCGCAUCUUUCCGACCCGGCGACAUUCCCCCUCCGCCAGACGGCGGCAUCGAGGCAUGGACACAAGUAGCAAUGGGCUGGAUCGUCAUCUUCGCAACAUGGGGCUACGUCAACUCCUUUGGAAGUUUUCAAGCGCACUACACCUCCACCCUCCCCCAGUCGCCCUUCCAAAUCUCCUGGAUCGGCUCGAUUCAAGUAUGGUUUACCUUCUUUGGUAGUGCAUUCUCUGGAAGAUUGCUAGACGCUGGAUUUUGGAUCCCUACGUUUCUCGUGGGCGCGGGAUUGCAGCUCAUUGGGAUUUUCAUGAUGAGCUUGUCGACUUCGUACUGGCAUCUUAUGAUUACGCAGGGUGUUGUCACUGGUAUCGGUGGGGGUAUUAUCUUUGCGCCGUCGUUGGCGUUGGUGGCGACGUAUUUUGAGAAGAGGAGAGGUAUUGCUAUUGGACUUGUUACGACGGGUAAUUCUCUCGGUGGUACUGUCUAUCCUCUUGUUGUUCGGGCGCUUCUCCCUAGUAUCGGUAUGCCGUGGACGUCGAGAGUGUUGGGGUUCAUUAAUUUUGCUGGAUUUAUACUCGUCGCUAUUUUCAUGAGGCCAAGGCUUCCCCCGCGACAGACUGGCCCUAUUAUCGACUGGAGUGCUUUCAAGGAUACUCUUUACGUAUCUUAUGUGGGCGGAUUGUUCUUCUUUGUGUGGUCUGUGUAUUACACUUUCUACUAUCUUGCUUCGUUUGGCCAAAAAGAAAUUGGAAUGUCUUUCGCCGAUUCAUCACUCAUAACCACCAUAAUCAACGCCGUCGGUCUCCCAACCCGAGUCCUAAUCCCCGUCCUCGCAGAUAGAAUCGGCCCACUCAAUACAAUCGCCCCAGCAGCUCUUUGCGUCGCCAUAGUUGCAUACACAUGGGUCGCAGUCCACGACGUUGCCGGUGUUUACAUCUUCUCCAUCUUCUACGGCAUUGCAUCCGGCGCUUUCCAAAGUCUUAUGCCCACUGGAGUCGCUAGUAUCACAAAGAGACUUGAUACAAUUGGGACGAGAAUGGGAUCGGAGUAUUACUGGGGCUCAUAUCUGGGCUGCGCUUUCCAGCACCCUCUGCGCGGUACUGUUAGUUCUUGCGAGGGUUUUGAAGGUUGGUUGGAAGGUAAAGACUAG